AUGCAGAAGAACCUGCAUUUCUGCCUGGUCAUCAGUCUCUUUGCAGUAACCUUCUGCGCACAGCAGGCACAGGCGCAGGUCUGCGGGGCAGAGGAAUACCGCGGCGCUGAAGGGCUCUGUCUCCGCUGCCGGGGCUGCCCGCCAGGAGAGGAGCCGGACCAGAAAUGUGGCUUUGGGGAAGGACGGGGGAUGACUUGCAAGCCUUGCUCGGCAGGCUCCUUCUCGCCUAGCUUCGGACUGGAGCGCUGUUCGUCGCACACCCGCUGUGAGGGCAAGAAGAGGGUCCCUGCCAGCCCCGGGACAGCCACGGCGGACGCCGUGUGUGGGCACUGCAUGCCUGGGUAUUACAGCCCCGAAGGAGAGACCGACCCGAGAGCCACAUGCCUGCCUUGCCCAUCAUCCACGCCAGGGUGCCCAGGACCAAGAAGGUGGCCGGCUCGCCUGGCCCGCAACGCCGAGGCCUUGCAGAGGCGAGACAGCAAGAUGGCGGCCAACGGCACGCACGACGGGAAGCCCGAGGAGAAGGCCACGCAGUACGCCGUCCUGGCCAUCGUGCCGGUCUUCUGCGUGAUGGGCCUGCUGGGGAUACUCUUCUGCAACCUGCUCAUGAAGAAGGGGUACCACUGCACGGCCCAGAAGGAUGCCGAUGAGGAGGCGGCCAAAGGGGAGCGCAGCGGAAGCAGUCCUGCGUUCAGAAUAGAGGAUGCCAACGAAGACACCAUCGGGGUCCUCGUGCGCCUGAUCACGGAGAAGAAGGAGAACGCGGCAGUCUUGGAGGAGAUGCUGAAGGAUUACCACAGCAAGCAGAAUCUGCAGUUGACCUACAAGCCCGUGAACAAGUUGCACCUCCUGCCUCAGUUUCCCCACAUCUGCCGGCACCAGCACCACCUGCACACAGUCCAGGGCCUGGCCACGCGCUCCGGCCCCACCUGCACCCGAUGCAGCCAGAAGAAGUGGCCGGAAGUGGCCCCCUCCACGGAAACGGCCCCCACCGCCCCCGGCAGUGCCGCCGGCUCAAAGCUCACAAAGGCGGGGAACAAGGCCGGCCGGCCGGGCGAGAUCACCAUUCUCUCUGUGGGCAGGUUCCGCGUCGCCCGCAUCCCCGAGCAGAAGCCCAGUCCCUCGGAAGUGAGGACCGUAUCCGAGAGCGUGGGGGCCGAGCCGGCCGAGCCACCCUACGCCUGCCUCGUCCCCGAGCAAAAGCCGCUCGUCAGCAGCGGAGUGAAGCCGAAGUGGCUCACGACAGCAGAAGGCCAGCAAAGGCGGCUGCGUCGUAACGUCGCCACUCUUGCUUGCAGCUGCAGCUCCCCUGGUGCACCUCCCUCCCUCGGCGAGCUCUUUCGUCCACCUGGGAAGAAAACCGGCGCUUCCUGCGGCACAGAAGCGCCCGUGCACCGUGUGAGCAGGACUCACCCUCAGCGCCUCUGGGUGAAUCGUGUCCCCUUGGCGGCCUCCGCUCUGCCCAUGAGCCACAUGUGGCAUUUGUCCCAGGAUAGCCCGGGCCACACCUACCGCUAA